UACCUAUUUCCUACCGCGAACGAACAGAUAUCUGUUUAUCUAUACCAAUUGAUCGACAACCACCCAACCGGUACCACCCCCGGCCCAUCAAGUACCCCGCGCUCACCCACCCAGCAUACAAUGUCACACCAACCCUCUACCAGAGACCAGCUACAUGAUCGUGCCGCGCGCAUCUACGACCGGGCCAUAGCCCCGCAAGACCAGGACGCAGACCAGGACUCGGAGAACUUUACGCGCGACCCGCUCGGGAACGUGGUGCGGAAGGGGGCCCUGAAGGACCGGUUGGGCGAGGCGACGGUGCCAGAGCGGGGCGGGGAGGAGGGGAUAUUGGAGAAAGUAUGUUCGUAUAUCCCCGGACUCGACAAAUCACAGCAGCAGAAUAAUUCUGAGCGUUGCGAGACGGAGAAAAGGGAGUGGAAGGAGGAGGAGAGGAUUAAGAGGCCGGAGAAUGAUGUUCAAGUGGAGGCAUUUCUGAGGGAGCAGUAUAAUAGUCGGUCAGCGGAGGGCAUGCCGAAUCCGGAUCGGAAGUAGUGGGUGAAGAGGGAAGUUGCUUUUCAGGCGCAGGUGGGCUAGAUCGUGCGUUCAUGGGCGUCUGGUGGAAUAAUAGAGGCCCAGAAGGGAGGUUCUGUUACUGUACACUUGAUACGAUCUCGUGAGGAUGUGUUCGUCCAAGUGGUGCGGCAUAUUCUGACUAGUGAUACCAUCGUCCUGUCGUUGAAUCGCAGCUCCAGAAGUUUGGAGUUAUAUCAGGCACUGAGCCUUUCAUGGUGACUGAGC